AUGCAUAGGUCUCUACUCGCAGCCAUUGCAGCUCAUGGGGCCGUCACAACCGGGGCGGCAGCUACGUUGAAAAAGCGCGAUGCCAGCAACCCAACCGUGAAGGGAACUCCCCACGUAAUUGGUAAUGUAGCUGACCCUACCCUCAACCGCGACUCCUGCGGCUCCUCACCCUUUGGCGGAAAAGCUCUCUGGGUGUGUAGAGACACGCAGCCAUACGAUUCGAAUGGCAUCCCUACUCUGCCGCUAUGGACCAGCUCUGCAUCAUGGACCGGCGGCGGCUUGACCAUGUAUGGCGGCGACAAGAGCCAGGACUCCUUCUACCCACUUGUUCCUGGCAACUGUGAUGACAACCAGGCUGGUACAUGCUCGGAUGGAACGCGUUACGUCCGUUGGGCAAAUGUUCCUCCGCUAGUGACCAGUACCGACUCCAGCGGGAACACAGUCGGAUACACGUGGAUUAGCAACUAUCACAUCUCCGGCUUGGCGAAUGAGGUCGCAGACCCGUCUGUUACUCUAUACAAAGUGUCAUACACGGCUGGCUCUGAUGGUCUGCCAAGUGCAGAGAUCAUUGACGCCGGCUUCUGGGCGGAGAACACCAUUCCCUACGGCAACUACGGGGGUGUUGUGCAAGAUGGCACAGCGUAUCUCUGGGGACAAGGUUCCAACGGAAAGGUUGCUCUCGCCAAGGUCCCUGUGACCGGCGUCGAAGACAUUUCCCAGUACCAGUACUACGUCAAUGGAGCGUGGACCAACGCCCAGCCUGCGCUGGGCGACGACUCCGCCACGAUCGACAAUGUUAGUGCCGGUGGGCAAGGAACUUACUACUACUCCCAGCCCUGGUCGUCGUAUGUUUGGAUCGGCCAGGCGUCGGAAUCUGUGUCAGCGGAAUUCUACAUCACUACUGCUCCCAACCCCGAGGGCCCUUGGAUCCAGCCAAUCAAGUUUUACUCUGGUGUGAAUGGCAACUAUUCACUAGGCGCGUAUUCCUUGCAGGCAAACCCGGCACUUUCUGCAUCGAGUGACAAUUCAAUCUAUUUGACUUAUACCAAGACGGAUUCUGUUGGGGACAAUGUCCAGCUGUAUACUACUCCUUUGAUCCUGGUGGAGUGGGAAUAA